AUGGCGAUUCGGCUCAGGAUCUACUUACCUUACCUCAGCAGUUGGUCGGAGACGGCGUCCACGUUGCCACAAUUGGUGACGGCCGUGACGGAAUGUUUCUCCGCGUCGCCGCCGGUCUACUCCACCACCACGGCACAGAGGCCGACGCAAGAGCAACAAGCAGCGCAGCCUGCGCAACAAGGCCCAGUGGCUGGCGUCUUGAACUUCCUGGGUUUGGGAGGUCAGCAAUCCAGCCCAGCGCAGCCUGCGCAGCCUGCGCAGCCGACGCCAGUAGUUAAGGCCGUGCCGGUUGCGAAAGCGGUAGCGCAGCCCGUUCAGGGGCCUGUGGCCACCGUCAUCGCGACCACCGUCUCGUCGCGAAAUGAAAAGGAAGAGCUGACCAAAGCCGUGACCGCCAUCAUGAAGGAAAGAUGGCCUGGAAUUGUGGAGCCUUUAACCAAAGACUUGAAAGAACAGAUGACCAGGAAGGAAGAGCUGCAAACUGCACAGGCAAAGGUUGAGCAGGAAGAGAAGAGGCUGCAGGAUGCAGUUGCUGAAGUUGAGCAGCAGACGCAAGAGCUGCAGAAGGUUGAAAGUGAGUUGGACACCUUCAUCCAGGCAGAGAGUGGUCGCGAGAACUUUGACCCCGAGGCUUUCGUUGAGACGAUGGAGCCAGACAGACGCCAGGUGCUCGACUUGCUUUCGGAGGAGUUGUCCUAUGAGGAGCUUCUGACCGCCCUGGAUGAGCUUUUGGCGUCCCGAAAAAUUGGCGUCGAGGAUUUCAUGCGGGAGGUACGAGACGUGAGCCGCCAGCAGUUCAUGUGCAAGAUGAAGAGGAAGAAGGCUGAAAAAGCCGUGAACGCGGCGAAUGGUGUGGAGGCCCCUGCCGUUGCCGCCGUCGCAACCGCUGCUGCGGUGCCAGUGGCACCACCACCACCACCAGUCCAACGAACUGCGGUUGCUGCUUGA